UCUCUCUCGGAUCAGUCCAGCAGCGGAGGUGGAAACUCGCAGCAGAGACACACACUCUGAGCUCAGCCUCCACCUGCGAUGCUCCUGGAUGCUCCUCCGAAUUUAGAUCUCCUCUUCCCUCCUCUCCUUCACCUCCACCUCCUUCUUCUUCUUCUUCUUCUUCCUCCUCUUCCUCCUCCUCACUUGUCCCGGUUGCUUUUCGUCCCAGGGAGACGCGCGCUUUCUCUCUCUCCGAUGUGAGUUGGCCCGUGCGUAAACGUCCCGGCUCCGCGCCCCGUCAUGUCUUAUCCUCAGGGUUUCCUCUUCCAGCCGUCCGUGUCUCUGGCCCUGCACUCCCCCUUCAGUCCGGGGGUCCUCCUCGGGACGCGGACGGAGGAGCUGGGCCGCUCCUCUUCGGGCUCUGCCUUCGCUCCGUACUCGGGAUCAGCUUCCUCUCCCGGAUUCAACUCACACCUCCCGUACGGCGGAGAACCGCGGGCCGCCGCCACCCUCAACUCCUUCAUGAGUCCGGCCUACGACCCGUCCUCAGGGAUCUCCGCCUCCUUGGACUACCACCCGUUUGGGGCCCUGGGACCGUACCCGUACGGAGACCCCGCCUACAGGAAGAACGCCACACGGGACGCCACGGCCACGUUGAAGGCAUGGCUCAACGAGCACAGGAAGAACCCGUACCCCACCAAGGGCGAGAAGAUCAUGCUCGCCAUUAUCACCAAGAUGACUCUGACACAGGUGUCCACUUGGUUUGCCAACGCCCGUCGCCGGCUGAAGAAGGAGAACAAGAUGACGUGGACGCCGAGGAACCGAAGCGAGGACGAGGAGGACGAGGACAACAUCGACCUGGAGCGGACCGACGAAGACGACGAGCUGAUGAAGACGGGCGACGACGAGCCGGAGACGAAGAGCGAGGCCGUGUUGCGUGGCCCCCCCUCGGUGUCAGGCUCGUGUGUGUUGGCGUUCAGAGACGACAGAAGCAGCGAAACGGAGCGAGGCUUCACUGAUCCCGACUGCAAAGACUCUGGGGAGCGGAGACUGCCCCCCCUCCCAGGCACUGCUCCCCUCAUUGGGCCCCUGGGGUCGGUGAGAGCGCUGGAGCCCGAGCGAACAUCGACCCCUCCCUCUAAAGAACUCUCCUGUGGCUCCAUCCAGGGGCCAAACGUGGCCCCCAAACCCAAACUGUGGUCCCUGGCGGAGAUCGCUACGUCGUCGGACAAAAACAAAGGAAGUACUGACUCCUCACAGAGCAGGGGGGGCACACCCCAGACCCCAUUCCACCACAGCCCCGCCCUGCCUCGACACCUCUACUACUCCUCCCCCUUCCUCCCUGGAUACUCCAGUUACGCGCCCCUGGGUCCCCUGAGCGCGCCCGGCUCUCAUCUAAACGGAUUACAGCAGGCAAUGCUGCAGAGGGCCGAGGCGGCGCUCAGAGACUGUAAACUACGGGGUCACGAGCUGAAGAAAGGCGUGACGAACACGUAGAACACUUCCUAUUUGUGGAUAUUAAGAAACAAAGAAGACGGGCCCCCGGGGGCCUCUGACUUUAUUUAGAAAAACAAAUUAUCCAUUUUAGAGUUUUCUAUGUUGAUGAGCUCUUUGUAGUGCGUUUCUGCACAAAACAUGAAGCAUCAUUAAAUGAUAGUUUUAUUAUUA